AUGGAUAGAGAUCCAAACAACUAUCUUAGGCUCUGUCACGUGAACUGUCAAUCUCUUGUGGCACACUUGGACGAGAUUCGAUAUUUCUUCGCAGACUCGGGGUAUCACUGCAUAUGCAUUUCGGAGUCUUGGCUCAAACCUUGUGUUACGGAUAAUAUGGUCUCACUUCAGGGUUAUCAACUCGUAAGACAUGAUCGAAUUGGAAGGGUUGGGGGUGGGGUAGCCAUCUAUGUCAAUAAUGCUCUCCAUGCUUCCUUUCUGUGCCAAUCGGACAAUAAAUGCAGUGGAAAACCGGAAUAUCUAAUGAUAGAGAUACUAAUAAAAAAUUGCGCUAAGGUGCUUCUGGCAGUGGUAUAUAGACCGCCGCAUUGUGGCUUCCUGUCGGAUUUCUUCAGUGUCUUUUCCAGUCUGUCGGUAAACUACAGACACUCAAUUAUUUUCGGCGACUUCAAUGCUAAUCUAGAAGCACUCACUUUUGACUCGUGCCAGAUUAAGUCCUUUGUGGAGGACACCAAUCUAUUCAUGGUGCCCUUCUCACCCACUCAUCACACCGGGAGAUCCUCGACGACUUUGGAUCUGUGUAUUCUGGACGGAGCUGACAAGAUGAUAAACUACAAACAGUGCGAUGUAAAUUUCCUGUCCGCACAUGACCUCAUAGAGGUCACAUACAAUAUUAAGAUUCAACACUUAGAUACAAAGGACUGGGAAGAGUUUUUCAAGUCCGAGUGCAUAGACGAAAAGGUCAGGCUCCUGAAUAAGUACAUCCUUGACAGCUAUGACAGGCAUGCUCCGUUCCGAGACAUCCAACCUAGACAUCUGCCAGCACCAUGGCUAACAGCGGAUGUUCGGGCUUUGAUGAAAACUCGAGACGGGGCAAGAAGAAACUGGAGAAGAAGGAGAACGGAAGCAAACUACAUUAAAUACAAAAAAUUAAGGAAUGAAGCACAAAUUGCAGUUCGCAAGGCUAAAAUUGGGCACUAUCAUGAGGCAAGGACUGAAUCAGGUAGCUUAGCAUGCACUGCGGAAGAACUCAAUGAACAUCUGGUUGAUCAAAAACAAAAUAAUAAUAAAGGAACCGAUCCACAAGAAUUACUCACAGUGGCGAGUUUGGGGCAGAUCUCAUACAAUGAUAACAAAUUCUAUUGGAAACAUAUUGAGCCUAUGGAGGUCAUAAGUUCUCUGAGAAGGAUCAGGUCCGGAGCAGUGGGAAGGGAUGAGCUACCGCUAAAUGUGAUCCUCAAGGGGCUACCCAGUGUCCUCCCAGCCAUCUUACACAUCCUUAAUUAUAGUCUAACAAAUGGAAUCUAUCCAGGGCUCUGGAAAUCGGCAAUUAUAUGCCCCAUACCUAAAAUCAAGACUCCUAAGACGCUUAAUGACUACAGACCGAUAUCGAUAUUAUGUGCAAUUUCCAAAGUGAUUGAACGUAUAGCCGCUGAUCAAAUAGUGAAAUAUCUUGAGGAGCGUGACUUGGCAGAUCCUUUUCAGUCAGCUUAUAAAAGAGAUAACUCAACACAGACAGCACUGGUCAGAGUUAUUGAUGACAUAAGGUGUGCAGCUGAUCGAAGAAUGAUCUCUGUCGCUGUUUUCUUCGAUUUCUCCAGGGCUUUUGAUAACGUAUGUCAUCAACAACUACUAACAAAACUCAGCAGACUUGGUUUUGCACAUACAACCCUGCUAUGGAUUCACUCCUAUCUUACGGGCAGGGGACAGGCCGUUCGUGAUCCUCAAACGGGCGAAUUGACGAGUGAGCUGCCUGUUAAGAGGGGGGUGCCGCAGGGCUCCGUACUUGGACCCCUUCUCUUUACACUUUAUCUGAGGGACUUUAGCUCGGUGCUCCGACACUGUAAAUACCAUUUUUAUGCGGUUGAUCUGUUACUAUAUAUGCAUGAAGAGCCAAAAUAUAUACACGAAGCCAUAAGAAGGUUCAACCUUGAUAUCGAAAGUGUUGUAACAUGGGCUAGCGACAACAAACUAGCGAUAAAUCCAAAUAAAACAAAGGCAAUGGUACUAGGCACUUUGCGACACAUAAGCGGGCUGGACAGAGAUGCACUCCCCGAUCUCCUGGAGACGGAACGGAAAUAA